UUGUUACACAAUCUUCCAUUGUGGGACAUUGUAACAAAUUAGUGAAAUUCCUACUGUAUUUGUUUGGCUGACACGAGCUUGGCAUUUGGUUAUAUGAUAUCAUGGCAAUGCCGGUUGUUAAACCUUUGCCCGAUUUUCAGAUACAAGUAAAGCAAAUAAAAACAUACAUCACAGACAUUUUGAAUGCAAAAAAGUACAUUUACAGAUUACUAUUAACAGCUGUAUUGAAACAGAAAACAUUAACGAUUUAACAUGUUAUAUCGCAAAUCGAUUUAAAAGCUCUGGAUAAUGAAUUUAUAUGAUUUUUGUAUUUCUCUAAUUAGGAUAGUCAGGUUAUAUCUUUUAUUAAGGUAAUAAUAUGAAAUAACCAUUAGCCGUAAAUUUGGCCCUUUGGUCGUUGUUUAUAUUUCACCGUUCUAGAUAACCUAUCGGACGGUUACAUGUUGUUGCAGGGACCUCGGCUUGUUUCAAGUUUCGAGGCGGUAUGUUACACAACAAUCAUCCACUAGAAAAAUCUGGAGGAAACGCACCAUAUUUUCGCAAGAUUUAAAAAAGAGGCAUUGUUUUAUUUAUACACUAUACACAGCCGAUAGAACGCCGCCUCACUUAUCUUAAAGCUUUAUUGAUUGUAGACGAGUCACGUGACAACAUCCUUCCGUGCUCCGUCUUAUGUCAGACCGCUUUGCGUUCCCUUGUUUACGUUUUAGUCAUACUAAAACUGUGGCAGUUAUUCAUGCGUGACACCGAACAUUCGUACUGACUGCUAGCUCUCUAACUAUUUGCGAUGGAGUCUUUCAUGGAAAAGGACUCUUUUGACCCUUUGCUUUACGAAGAAGACGAAGAUGAGCACGAGACAAGUUCAUACCUAGAGAAAAAGACUGAUAUUUUAACUUCACCUUUUUAUCGCCCCCAAUCCCUCUAUCAUGAAAUAAACGAACGAAGCAGAGUUGAAAAUCGCACUUAUUGGGUAGAAUCUACCAACAUAUCAUCAUCAUCCCUCCAAGCUUCGCGGACUUCAAUCAAGAUUAAAGUGAGAUCGUGUCGGAAUGGUCAGCGUACAAUGGAGACAAAAAAGCGGGAUAGCCAACAAGGAUUCAAACAGUUCCGGCAGGAAAAAUUAGAAAUAAGAACAAAAUGUGAUAUUCUAGAUCCAUAUAUUGACAAAUUUUCCCUCAUUAAGGCUAGAAGACGAAGAACUGAACAAAACAGAAAAAGGGAACGUAUUUUCAAAUCUAAGAAACCAUUGAAAGAAAGCAGAAAAUCCCCAAUAUUCGAAUCUUCAGAAGAUGAUAAAAUUGAAAUUGACGGCGAUAGCGAGUUAUAUGACAGAAGCGACGAUUUUGAACAUUUCACAAUAGAUUUAAAGCGUGUUGGUAUUGCUUCAAACGAAGAAAGAAUUGAGGAUAAAUUGUUAGCUAGCAGUAUUUCGCAUUUUUUCAAGAAAAAACCAAAUAUCUCCAUUCAACCAAUUGAUCAAGAAGACUUGAAAACUUUAAGCAAAGAUGGGUACAUAAAGACUGAAUCAUUAGAUAAAAUGAACAAGGAGAACACGCCAACAAGUUUUAAAGUUUGUAACAGCGAUGAUUUUCCUAAAAAGACUGUAAUAAUAACACCAGAACACCUUAAUAAGAUAAAGUCAAAACUAAAGGCGGUUUCCUAUGAGAAAUCGAUAACAAAAUCACCUACACACAUCGCAAAAGAGAACGAAGCAGACGAUAAAGAAGAGGCCCCAAGUCUUCCAAACCUUGAAGUAGAAAAUCACACAGCUUUAUUUUCUUAUUGUGAAGAUGGUCUUCAACCACCUACGUUAAUUCCUGAAAUGAACUGUUCAACAAAUAGCCCCAUUGUUUAUUUGGAAACAAAGCCAGACGUAACAGAGCUAAACAGAGAAAUGGCUAUUCAAGACACGCCCUCGAGUUCGAUUUCAGAAACUGACGAAGAAUUGACUGAAAAAAAUGAUUUUGACAGUGUCAUAAAUUGUAGUGAAGGAAGCCGCUGUCAGCAUUUGGAUGUAUUUGUAGCUAAAGACCCCACAGAUGAUACAAUGAAGUUAGGAAAUGGCGGCUUAGACAAUGUAGAUUUGAUGCGUUCACUACCAAAGAAGAGUAGAAGCUCAGCUUCGAAGACAGCAAGUGACGAUUGUCAUUCUAACAGUGACUCAGAAGUUGAUGACAUGUCUCCACCACUAGCUAUAACUACUUUUGAAAACCAAGUGCCAAAUACAAAUUCAUUAAUCAUCGAUUCAAACUGCCAUUCUAAUCACUCAUGCAAAACUUCUUCCAUUAGUCAUCAAACUACCCAAUUCACUACUAUUCAAAAUUCAUCAUAUUCUUUGCUUGAAAAUUCAUCAUGUGCUCUCCCUUCUGAAAGUAAUACAGCUGAAAAAGUUUCAGAACUAGAUAUGUCAAGUAGGGUCUGUGAACAAAAGACAUCUCAUAAUCAAAAUGAAAUGGACAACAAGAACACAGCAGGCUGUCCAGAAGGUUUGACUAUGUGUGCCGAACCAUCGAUUGACCUGCUUGAGAAAAGCAAACGAUGUCAGGGGUUACCAAUCAUUCAAUCCAUCCGUACCAACAAAAGCUUUGGUGAUGGUUCUUGUCUUGUUGCAAAAGAACCAAGCGAAGCAGCUUGUGUAAAUGGCUAUGACAGUGAUGCUACCUAUGUUUACGACGAGGAUGACUACGAUCGCGACAAUAUGCAGUCAGAUAAAUUGGCAAAGGGGGGCACUAUAAACAGUUGUUUUUCAAGUAACUGCCCCUCGGAUUCAGCGCUAAAAAUAAAAAAUUCUGAAGGAGUUGCCAAAUUAAAAAAGACAUUUCACAAAACGUUAUCUUUACGUAAAUUCCUCAAGCAAAAUUCAGAGACUUCAACAGAGCAAACUUCCGUAUUGAAAAAAUCAAAGGGUAAAAAAGCUAGAAAUGUACUUAGAAUAAAGCUAAAACCACAGCGACAACAACGUAAAAAACAGACAAAAAGCAAAACUGAUGUCAUAAGCAAAGAUUUGACUCUGACUAUAUCCCCAAGAAAAAAUCUCAAACCUGUAACAGAAGGUAGGCCACUGAAUAAAGCCCCACAUCAUGUAAUGAAACUACAUGACGUUUUCAAUUUUGACGAAUGUGAUGACGUUGGGGAUGCAACAAAGGCCCUCGACAGAAAUUGUUUGAUAAAAAAAGAUUCAACAACGAUAAAAGUAAGAAGCAAAAAAAGGAGAAAGAAGAACACGAUUAGGCAAGGUGUAAAUAGAGGAAAAAGAAAUUCGGAUAUAUUUUUGUCUACAACCACGAUCGUAGGAGCCACUGAAAAUACGGACGAAGAUGAUCUUCCAAAAAUUCUUCCACCGAAAAGACGGCGGAAUGUUAAGUGCGGCGCCGCAAUGAAAAAUAAGCCUUUUCUGGCAUCAAAUGAUAUGGAAAGAUUGAUACAAGAAUUUCCACGACACAACUGGUUAGAAAACAAAUACAAAACCGAAGAAACAGCAAGGGAUCCAUCCCAAGACACCAACACCUCACCUGAAAUAUAUGAAUAUUCAUUAGACGAGGGGAAAAUGCAGUCAAUAGAAACACUGGAGCAUUUAACGGAGAAAAAGCAAAUCACCAACCAGGAACCUGUGGUAGACGUAGAAAACUCCAGCCCUAAAUAUCCUAUAGCUCUUACCCCUGAGCCUCGGGUUAAUGCGUCGAUUUCCAUUGAUCCGGCCGACAAACAAGAAGAGCAGGCAGAAGAUGACAGACUUCAGAUUGUCACUGACGGGGACCAGAAUCACCAAGAAAUGGAUACCCGUAUUCCUUCUGACGAUUGUACAACAUCAGACAAUUUAACAGAAAAUCAAGAUAUCAGUCAGAUGAAAGAAAAUGGUUCCAUUGAGGCAGAUGAAACUAAAAAGACAAGUGAUGGUACUGGAGAAUUCGCCCUCUCUGUUGAUGAGCAGGUUGAACAGACACAAAAAUCUACCGACAACGUCCUACCUCCCGUGCCACAUCUCAUUAAAGCGCCUGAUGUAGACGAGGACACAGUUGACGCGUACGAUGAGGUAGAGACCAGAGGAAAUGGAACCUGCUCUACUGCUGGGGAAAAUCAAAGAACGAUCGUAAAUGUCUGUACCUCAGCAAUGGAAGUGGGCAAUGCUUGUGAUGUGGUUACAAAGUCUAGUUCUAUUCCUGACUCCACUUUAAUAGUGACAUCUAAUAUAGGAUGUGGAGUGUCUGCAAAUCAGGUAGAUGGACAUGUAACCAAUGCAAGAAAAAGGAGACUGGUGGAGUGUGAGGAAAUAGUUGAACAAGAAAAGAUAAACUCUGAACCUCCUAUACCUGAUCACGUCCCUAUUAAAAGUCCCAAAAUCCAAGGUUCCACAGUAAUGGACAUUAAUAAAUUUAAAGAAAUCAUAGCUGCAAGGGUCAAAAACGAUAUUGAUCAUCAACUUCAGAAAACUCUGAAGGAAUUUCAAGAACUAGAUCAAUUAGCUGCGGAAAAAGCUCGGGAGGCAGAAAUGGUGAAAAAGCUCCGCGAGAAAAAGCUUAAAGAUCUUCAACAAAUUCAACAGAACAACUCAGAGAUGGAAAUCAAACGAGUUCUGAAUGAAAAACUAAGGAAUAUGGACAGACAAAAGAGUUUCAAUUUGGAAAUGAACAGUCCUCCUCCAGCCCACCAAAGGCCCAAACAAAACAUUAGAGAACUUUUAGAUAAGAUGGAUCGAUCCCAUUCCCAAACCCCGAUUGACUGUUCUACAUACAGUGCAUAUAGUACUCGAAAAACCCCUUUACAUUCUCCUAAAUCCUGUGUCGAUAGUAAACGCUCAACUAGUGCUCAUUCUCAGUUGCCAUCCGUCAGGAAUGAUGUUUCUAGAAAAGAUGCUAGCAUCGGUUCAAACAACAUUCCACAUGCUCACGAAACAGAGAAAAGUUGUGACACCAGGGCAUCUUCAGCUCCAGUAUCAUGUUUUAACCAAAAUGGUUUAAAUAAUCCACUCUCCUAUUCAGAUGCAAGACCGUCUGCUAUACACAUAACUAGUACUAUAACCAAUUCUAGGCCGACUAACAGUGUGAAACAUAGUUUUAAUCCCAAUGCACAAGGAAACACCUACAUUGAUCUCUCUCAGAGGAACACUGACUCAGAAGUCGAAAUUCAACGAGAGCUUAGUCGAGCAUUAGCAGCAAAGAGACAAAAACAAGAUAUAAACAUCAAACAUGAUGUCAGUAAGACAAGAGAUAUCUCUGUGAUUCGAGAGCCUCAACAGGCUGAAGAAUCUUACUCAACCAGACAUGUUUUUCAUCCAUCAAAUGCACACCAAUUGCAUAAUACAAAAUCAAAAGAUAUCAGAGGAGUAAAUCAGUAUCCGCCUAAUACAUACCCCAAUCAAUUGAUAAGACCAGUGUCUUAUGGAGGAAUUACUAGUCCUCAAAAUCAGUCCUUAGAUAGAGUGACCAAAUGUAGCACUCGUCUUAUUAAUCCUAGCAUGAUUCGUCCCCAUGCUGUUCGACUCCUUGGAGCUACAGCGUUAGGGAAUGGGCAGCAGCCACCAAUGGAUGGAAGACAAGCAUACCACACUUAUGGUUCGUCUUUUCCGAGGAGCACAUACCAUAACACCGGGUCGAUCCAACAAGGAACGCCAAUCAGACCUGUGCCAGGUAUCGUUAGUCCAACUCAAUCAAAUACUCGAACCACUUACUCUAAUGGAGUGCAAAGUUUAGAAAAUGGUCAAAUUCUACGACAUAUUCCGAUUACGGCUGCCAGAACCACAGAAGAUCCGCAACGAGAGUCAUACGUUCAGCAGGCCGCUAUUUCAUCCCUCCAACAACCAACUAUGCGACCUCGCAGUUAUAUGCGCCCUUUAGCCCCCGCCUCCUCGGUCAGGGUCCCCCCAACAGUACAUCCGACAGUCGACCACGACACUCAGAAAAUACCUCUCAACGCUGAGGUCCUUACGCCAUCUCCGCAACAGACAAAACCAAACGUGCAUAUGAACGUCAAUGGAAAGUGUAUCGUGUGUUCUAAGUUUGCUUUGUAUCUCUGUUCCAAGUGUCAACUGUUCUGGUACUGUUCUCCUCAAUGCCAACUAAAACAUUGGGUCACCCAUCAACACCAGUGCAAGAACUCUUCUGCUGUGUCCAAGCAAUCAGCUACGGAUAUAAUAAUUAUGGAGAAUUAAUGUUUACUCUAUCGUUUUUUUUACCUAUAUUUAAAAGUGUUCAUACAUAUAAAGGUAAAAUGACAAUGAUAACGAAUAAAUUGUUUGUAUUUACAGUACAAAAAGACUAUAUUUUAACAACCAAGUUAAAAGAUUUGGAUUGUUUUGUAAACCUGUGUAAUGGUGUUGAAUAAUUGUAUUUGAUGAUUUUAUGCGUAUUUAUUGAUAAUGGAUCUCUUCAUUGUACCUGUGCUAAAAUGAUUAAGUUGCUCAUACUGCUUAUCUUGUGUAAAUGGUCAUUUUUACUUUUAUCUUAGAGAAAGUCGUUUACUCAUGGUAAUAAAACUAUUAUAUUUUGUAUCGUUUAUCAAGUGUAUGAUUUUGGCAUUUGAAUAUUAGAAGAAACUUUUAAAUGGGCAUUAAAAAGGUGUGUUCUGUUCAUUUGCUAACUUUUAUUUCAUUUCAUCAGAUUUGGAAAAUGCAUUUAAUUCUGUAUGUGUGCUGCACAAUUUGUACUUUAGUAUUAUGAAUGUUUUAUACCUUACAUGCAUAACUAAUCAUUUGUCAAUAUUACAUAAUAUAUUAAUAGUAGAAGUGAAAUGAUUGCUAUUUUUGUACAGUUUUUUCUAUCGCAAUCAAUCAUUUUCCAGAAGUGCCAUUUCUUUGCAAAUCCCUUCGUCAGCAAGACGUUAAUCAUUCCAGUCCAAUAAAAAUUUGGACAUAUAGGUUAAAAGAAUUCAUUCCAUGUAUAACUAUCAUCCCUUUAUUUAUAAGAAUUUAUGGACAGAGUUUUGUCACGAUUUGAAUAUAUUGAAUGAAAUAAGAAAUAAAUCUGUUAAAGCUUC